GCGAACCCCGCCGUGGCAGUCUUCGACCUGUCGCUGCGGCCCGACAGCAGAACUGAAUCGGUUCGCGUUGACGGCAUCCUGCCCACCCUGACCGCCACAGACGAACACCUCUGGCUGAUGGGUGUGUGCGACAACAUGCCCAAGUACAAUAGAUUCCUGAGGCCCGAAGAGAGGUGCGCCCUGAUGGGCCUCGACCCGUCCGUCCUAGAGCGAGUCGACCCCGACUGCAGGUUGGCAGCCGUGGGUGAUGCUAUGGCCCUUCCCACGGUGGGGCUUGUGAUGGCGUCCCUGUGGUCGGGCACGAAGGAAGACUUAGAGGGCACGCAGCCUGAGCAGGCUAUGGUGUGCAUUGAUUGA